GGCGACGUCACAAAAACCAAGACUCCAACUAUUUCGACCUUGACUUUGUGUUUUCUCCACCGUGGCUGGCCAGGGCUGGCUCGUUGAUAAGGAAAGGAUGACAGGUCGAUCUUCAACUUGUUGCGAUGCGGGGUGGCCUGGGGUGGCUCGAUCGGCAAGUCCCGCUCUGCUACAACAUACAAGCCGGCGGAAGAGAAGUUUUUGCGCUUAUAUUGCCUUUCCCGAAUCCAACGGUCGUGGCCGUCUUGUCCGUCUUUGCUCUCAGGCGACGAGUCAUUGACAAUAUGGCAGUACGUGCGUGGAAGACGCAAACAGUUGGUCGCGUUCGAAAAAAGCAGCGCGUAAACCCGCGUGGCGCCGCCCUGGAGAGCUGUCCGAUAAGGCCUUGGCGCUGCGGGAUACACGGGCGCCUGCAAUCAUCAGGGGACGCUGCUAACUUCGAAAAGCAGCCGGCAAUCAACCUUUCUCACUUGACUCCCACCGCUGCUCGGAAUCGGGGCGUCCGUGUUAUCGCCUGUAUAUAUAGGACUCUAUACCGCGGAGCGCGUAUGCGAUAGCAGCCGGAAUCCUCCUCCUCCCAUCCCGAGGUCCGCCCACAGUCCUGCUCGCAAAGACCCCCAGCGGCCGACACAACCAUGACGGACGACUCGAUCAUCGAAAAGGGCGGGCAUGUCCACACGAACGCGGAGGUGGCUGUGGACGAUGAGGCCGAGUUGGCGAGAAUGGGCUAUAAGCAGGAGCUCAAGCGCGACCUUACGCUGCUUCAGAACUUCGGCAUCUCCUUCUCUAUCAUCAGUGUGAUCACCGGUAUACCCUCGCUUUUCCUUUAUGGACUUAAUACGGGUGGUCCCGUGGUGAUGGUGUGGGGCUUCGUUGUCGUCGCAUUUUUCACUAUGUUGGUAGGUCUGGCGAUGGGCGAAGUCUGCAGCGCACAUCCUACAAGUGGUGGGCCAUAUUUCUGGGCGGCGAUGUUGUCGGAGCCCAAGAACGCAGCUUUCGCGUCUUGGGUCACCGGUUGGUUCAACCUCCUCGGCCAAGUCGCUGUGACCGCUGGUAUCAGCUAUGGUUGCGCGAACUUCAUCUCGACCCUGGCGACGUUCAACACCAACUUCGUCCCCGAGCCGCGCAUCACCACCGGCAUAUACGCCGCGGUGCUCAUCUCGCAGGGCCUCAUCAACACCUUCGGCGUGCACCUGCUCAAGUACAUCAACAACAUCUCGAUCUGGUGGCACGCGGUGGGCACGACUGCGCUCGUGAUCGCGGUGCUCGCCGCGGCGCCCUCACAUCAGUCGGCGGAGUUCGUGUUCCAAAAGUUCAUCGACAACACCGGCGUCGACGGGGUGGGCUGGAGCGAGCGCGCGAGCCCGGCGUAUGUCGUCGUCGUCGGUAUCCUCAUGGCGCAGUACACGCUGACGGGCUUCGAUGGGAGUGCACACAUGACAGAGGAGACGCACAACGCAGCAAUGGCCGGGUCCGUCGGCAUCGUGAUGGCGAUCGGGUGCUCCGCCGUGCUCGGGUGGUUCCUCAUCCUCGGCCUGCUGUUCUCCAUCCAGGACCUGGAGGGGACCAUCGGCUCUGCGACCGGACAGCCCGUCGCGCAGAUCUUCCUCGACACCGUUGGGGAGAAGGGCGCCAUCGUGCUCAUGGUUAUCGUCAUUGGCGCGAUGUUUUUCUGUGGCACGUUCUCGCUUACGUCGAACAGCCGCAUGAUGUAUGCGUUCGCACGCGACGGUGGCAUCCCGGGACACAAGUUCUUCCACAAGGUCUCGAAGGACAGCCAGUCGCCUAUACGCACCGUGUGGCUCGCGUGCACGCUCAGCUUCAUCCUCGCCCUGCCCAGUCUCGGUAGCUCCGUUGCGUUCUCGGCGGUGACAAGUAUAGCCACCAUCGGUCUGUACAUCUCAUACGCCAUCCCGAUCGGGCUGCGCGUCGUCUACCGCAAGCGCUUCGUGCGCGGACCGUUCCACCUCGGCGCGUUCUCCUACCCCGUCGCGAUCAUCUCCUGCCUGUGGAUCGCCUUCAUCUCCAUCGCCUUCAUCCUCCCGCAGGCGAACCCCGUCGACUCGCAGACGCUCAACUACACGAUCGUCGCCGUCGGCAUCGUGCUCGCGUACUGCAUGGGCUUCUGGGCGCUCAGCGCGCGCAAGUGGUUCACCGGCCCCAUCAAGCAGAUCCAAGAGGCGGACGGGACGGUGGACGGGACGGACCGGGCGAGUUCGGAGGUCGUCACCGCGAUGGGCGACUCGGACGAGAAGAGGCCGUAGAAGGGCUCGGCCGCGUCAACGUUAUGUGACUGAUGUACACUAGAUGGAUGCUAUCUCUACACGCCGUCCUCGGACAUUGGACGAUCCAACUUCCCUCUCGGUCUGCUUGACACGCCCUCCUGUGGAUGCCGGACGCAUGGACGUGGUGAGGUUGCGAGCUGAUCGGCUUCUGCAAGCCAGGCAUGGCUCGCGCUGGGGAGAUCUUGCUUCCCUCCAUACACAGUUGUU